GUGUCGUUGCUCACAUUCGGAACAUUUCAGCCAUCGUCGCUGGUCGUGUUUUCUCGCUUAACGAAUUAUUGGUGUCCGUGUGUCGCGCUCCAUACUUGCUUUUCAUCUUUAGUGUUUCUCUUCAAUACAAUUCGUUGGAGUUGUAAUCAAAUAUUUAUUUUAUAAAAACUGAAAUAAGUGUACAAAAUAAACCGCAAAUCUGUUCAACUACAUAAAUAAUGCAGGUGGAAUGAACGACAAGCGAGUUACAAGUGCAUGAGAGUCAAACAUUUCUUGGAUGCAAUGGAGAAAAAAGUAUCAUAAUAAAAAGGCAAAUCUCCAAAGCAAAGGUAAAGUAGGAGUGUAAUAAAUGCCAAGAUGAACGACAAAGUAAAAAAUGAGAAAAUGUGCACUUUUUUAGGCCCUUUGCAAUAAACAAAUAUUAAAUUUCUUUGCAAAAAGCCUAAACGUGAAAACAAUUGAAAGAGUGAUUUUAGUGAAUUACUAAAAUUUUGUAGUGAAAGAGUAAAAAAGAAAAGUUUUAAUUAAAAUUUAACUAAAGGCUAUACAAAUAAACCAAACACUGCAUUGCGUACAGUUUGAGAGGCACUGGCAGCGCUGUGUUCAGCAGUGGUUCGUUGUUCGUUUUUGUAUUAACCAAGCCAUUACAUGAGUAAGUAAUUGUAUGCGUUGCCAAUAAGUUGCUGUUGUUGGAAGCAAAGUAGCAAAGUUUUGUGUUGACAAUCGGCAGUGUGUCCAAAAGCAACAACUAUUUUUACAACAGUACUUGUGAGUGAUUUGUGCGAAGUUUUCAAAGCCAAAUUGCAAAGUGUGUAUACAUUUUUGUUUAGAAAUUAGAAAAUGACAAAUCGCUGAUGAAUUUCGGUGAGAUAGCGAGGCUACCAAAAUAAACCGCAACUUAUGGGUGUAUGAACAAUUACAUCAACAAUAGCAACAAACCACAUAAACGUGCAGAACAUAAGUGAGGGGAGUGCAAACGUGCCUCUGCAAGCGAAAUUCUUGGCAUUCGGUGCAGUGCAGUGAGCAAAACGUAUAGCGAGCGAUCACGCGAUGCGUCAUUAUUUUAACGGUGCGCGGCUUUGAGUAAUGCAACAGAAUUAGCGCGGCGUGCAAACGGAACGCGUGUGCGCAGUGUACAAAUUUAACGUUGAAUAUUGAUAGAUAAAUUUAUUAACCAUAAAGCAUCGUUAUAUCUACCAUAUAGAGUUUAUUGAGAUCAAAACCAGACGAAAAAAGUUAAUAGUUCAGUAAAAAGUGACCAAACUCGUAUUUAAAAUAUUAAAAUAGGUACAAUUAAUUUCCAUUAUACAAAUAAAGUGCAAAACAAUUUUCCACUAUGCCGGAAACACAUUAUGAUUGCAUUACAAAGGACUGCCUGCAGGCUGAAUUGCGCGCCGUAUCCGCUUCCUCACACCACAGCCACACCCACCACCCGCAUAUCACAUCGUUGCUGGGGCAAAAGCUAAUCCUUCUAGACUGUCGCAGCUCGCACGAAUUCAGCGAAUCGCACAUCCGUUCGGCGGUGAAUUUCUUCAUACCCAGCAUAAUGCUGCGACGUCUGGCGAAUGGCAAAAUCGAUUUGCUAUCAACAAUUAAAUCGACAGAUCUGAAAGAGCGCAUACAGAAUGGUUAUAAAGUGAGUCUGUUCAUUUUGUACAAUGAUGCCGGCAUGCAGGAGCAGCACCCGGCCGCAACGUCGUCCGGCGCUGGAGUUGGUGAAGUGGUGGCAGCGGAUGCUCUGAAUAUUUUGUAUCGCCGUUUGAAGCAAGACGGUUGCCGAGUGGUGGUGUUGCAAGAUGGUUUUUCAAGCUUCCGUCAGGCAUUUCCCGAGUGGUGUGAGGAUGACAGCGCACAAAACAAAGAAAUGGAAUCUAGUCACAGCACACAAGCCGAUCAAUUAAUGGGACUGAGAUCUUUGCGAAUAUCAACACCGCAUUCAGACUCCACCUGCAGUAGUUCCACGGAAUCUUCCGAUUGUGAGAGCACCACACAUCACAAUAUCAAUGAGGCACCUGUGGAGAUCAUUCCAGGCCUAUUUCUCGGCAAUGAGUCGCAUAGUUGUGAUUCGCGUGCAUUACAAAAGUACAAUAUUAAGUAUGUCUUAAACGUCACACCGGAUCUUCCAAACGUCUUCGAGUCCUCCGGCGACAUUCAGUAUUUACAAAUUCCAAUAACUGAUCACUAUUCCCAAGAUCUGGCCAUGCAUUUUCCAGCUGCCAUCCGAUUUAUAGAAGAAGCACGCUCCAAUAACGCCGCCGUGCUUGUACACUGCCUAGCCGGUGUCUCCCGCUCGGUCACUGUGACGCUCGCCUAUCUCAUGAAGACGCGCACACUCAGUCUGAACGACGCAUUCACGCUGGUGCGCGACCGCAAACCAGACGUCGCACCCAACUUCCAUUUCAUGGAGCAGUUGCAUUCAUUUGAACGUAAACUGCGUCCAGCUGGCGACGGUAGCGGCGGCAAUGGUGACAAUGAGUGCACUGCCAUGGAUGAGAGUGGCGGUGGCAGUAGCGGCGUUAGUGUGCCCUCAUGUACCGCCCAAGCAAGUUUAGGCAGCACUUUGAUGGCCGGUCGCUGUGCUGGCGAUAUGGGUUCGAAAUUCACAUGCAAUUGCAUAGCAACGGACUGCAAGUGUAUGCAGACGGGCGGCUAUAUGGCGCAACUGGCUAAGGCGGCGACCGGUGUGUCACCCGAUUCGGGUAUUGAAUUCGAUCGGUGGACGCCGACUAGCGAUACAGGCCUGAAAUGAGAUCAACUUGUGGGAAAAAGUUUCGUGUUGCCGCCGAGUAUUGUGGAGCCGCCAGUGGCGCACAACGCCGACAAUGUGUCACCAGCUUCGACUACCUCCUCCUCCACAUCGACAACAACCACGGCAGAGGCGGUGUCGGUGGUCGAAGUGGUGCCGAGCGUCGACGAACGAUAAAAGGCAGCGACGAGGCGUGCAGAAAGGGACACAGAGGCGGACACACUGCUAUUGGUCGUUGAGAUGGUGUGUCGCAAGCACGCGAAACUUUUUUCCUACAGGUCUGGUGAUGGAGCCAACAACAACAACAAAUGAAACUACAAAAGUAGCGCAAACGCUAAGCCGAAGGCGGCUAAAUCGCAUAAACCACACAAACAAACAUUUAUCACAAAGCAGCGACAUAAAACUUGACAAUGUGAAUGAAACCAAUCGUGUCAUUUCAGUGAAGCUGCGACAAAAUAUAUACAUACCUAUGUUGUUUGCUAACCUUUUUUUUAUAAAAAGUAGUCUAAAUAAUGAAUAUCGUUUUGUAUUUAAAUAUAAAAUUAAUUUUUAAAAAAUAUUUGCUUCCUUUUAUAUGUUAGUCGUAUAACUUUUUAGAUGAAAAUCAAAGAAAAUAGCACAAAUAACGGUUAUUUAGAGUUUAGCUUUACAAGUAUUUAUAAAAUACCAGCUUCGCACGCAUUGCAUAAGAUAUGCCAAUAUAACAGAAAUCAUCGCAAACAUAUUUAAUAUAAAUAUAAGGUGAUCAACUGCAGAAGAAACAAAUAUUCGAAGAUAAAAAGAAUAAUCCAAGAGUAAUCUGUACCAAAAGCAUUAAAGCAUAAAUUUACAAAUGUUUAAUAUUUUCAUUUUUUUUUAAUUUUGUAUUCAAAUGAACUGUAACACAAAUCCCACAACCUAGCUUAAGCCAGUAAUGUUCGUAUAUACAUUAUUAUGUUAAGUUUUGUACGUAACGUAGGCAAAAACUUAAAAUUACAACAAAAACUGACUUCUUGAUUUAUGUCAAAGCACAAGGAGCUGCUUUCACAAAAACACACACACACAUACAUAUAUAUAACCACACCUACAAAUGUACCCAAUAUUCAUACAAAGUAAUUACAAGUUAAGGAAGUUACAAAUUUACAUAUUGUAAAGUGUAUUUUAUAUAUACAUAUAUAUGUAUAUAUUGUAUAUGUAUAUAUAUGUGUAAGCAAUACAACAAAUAUUUGUAUUAUAGCAUAAAGUCACGGCGCCAAGGCGAAUGAAAAAGCGUUAUUUAGGUUCAGCAAGUAAACAAUAAAUGAACUAAUUAAUUUAUUAAUUAAUUAAUGCAUAACGAUUCAAAUUAAAACUUAUAUUAAAUAUUGUUAAAUAAUAAAAAUUCUUUUUGAAAGAAAAUGCAAACUAUUUGCCAAAAUAAUAUAACAUAAAUUUACUGAAUUUUAUUUCGUUUGAUUUGUUUGUUUAAUUUAAUUGUAUUUCUUUCAGCUUUCACUUAGUGGUAGAAUAUUAACGGUUUGCUAGCAUCUGAGUUCCUAGUGAUUAAAGGGCCAUUGAAAAGGGCAAUGCGAUUCUUUGGAACGAUCCCUCGGGUGGUUAAUAUGAUUUUUUUCGGGCCCAUGGAAGUAAAUACAACCAUUAACCGCUAUUAAAAGUGGAGUUAAUUAUACUAAAUAAUCUUACCGAUUCAAUACUUUGAAGUAAAUAUUUGGUCAGCUAUCUACAGAUUAUAACAGUGCUGUUGGAUACUUGCUUUAGGUGGUAUUGUCUCUUAAAUAGUGUUAUGUAUAGUAAUACUUGGGACCUGAGCCUUAAGUUCAUUUAAAAACAAAGUGAAUGCCCAAUAAGAGAAUGACAUUUAAAAAACAAUAACAUAGAAUUCUAUCAUAUCCAAGUCGACAUUUGUGUUAUCUGAAAGUACCAUUCAAUAUCAUCAGCUAUGGAAAAAUAUCAUACUUCAUACGAAUGUUAACAGGUGGGGUCCAAUUUUACAGGACCCUUUCAUACACUCAACAGGCCUUGAGCAUUCUUCCGAUUUUAGCAUUUCUGUAUAUCCUGCAGCGAAAUUUUUGUAUGGUUGCCUGGCAGUGGAUACCAUAUCGCGCUAAUAGACAUACAUAAUAUUGGUGUCAAACAUUAUUUCUAAUUUUUCAAUUUUUUUAAUCUCAAAUUGCAAUAUUGAUUUAAGGAUUUUGUAUAACUUAGAUUAAAACUGUUAAUAUUAUCGCGAGUAAUCAAACGUCCUCCCAGAGGGACAUUGGCCAAAUAUUGUACGCCAAAAUAUUGAUCUCAAAUUUUGUUAUUUAAAACCUUCAAUUUUGUGCAAUGAUUUGAUUUUUGUGGGUUUCAAAGAUUUUAUUAUUCAUUAUAAACCUGAUUUUCAUUUAAAAUUUACCGGUCGCCUUACAGAAAAGCGAAUUAAUCUGGACCCUAUUACUACCCUGCAGGGAAUUAGCAAACUAGUUAAAAUAAAUACCGGUUACUAUUCACUAUAAUUUAUUGACUAACGUUGAACUAUCUAGAAAAAAAGGAGAUAAUAUCUAUGUUUUGGAACGGUAGUUCAGGAAGAGAGCAUAAUUAUGUCAAAGAAUGAAAAAUUUUAAAUGAAAACUAGAAAGACUUAAUUAUAAUUCGAAUCCUAACCGUUCCUGAGUGUAUAAAAAGUGCCAGAGAACUGAUAUCUGUUUUGAACUAGUAUGUAACUAGUGUACUUAGACCAAAAUCUGACAAUUGAAUACUCGCUGACCACCAAAGCAUAACGAAUAUCCGCUGAUUGCAUGAAAAACUAGUUACUUUACAGCUUGUAUUGGUUGUUGUAUAUUUUGUAGAUAGUUUAUUUCACAGGUUUCAACGGUUAAUUUUUCAUCAAUUAUUUAUUAUUAAUUAUAAUUAAAUAAAAUAUUUUUUUCAAUGUCUUCUUCUUGUUUAAAUUUCAAUUUACUUACAAAUUAUUACAUAUAACCAAAGUAUCAAUAAAUAUUUACACAUACAUAUUUAUACCGUUGUACUGACAAUUCCAAAAAUAUAUAUUUAUCCAUAUAUACAUAUUCAUACAUAGUUAUAGAUGUAUGUAUGUAUGACAUGAUCGUAUCUUAAAGUGUACAAAUUAAAAAUUAACUACAAAAAAAUCACUUAAAGCCGUUAAAUACAUAUGCGAUUUAGGUGUGUGUACCAACACAAGGAUUAAGCUUAUGAAAAUUUUGUAAUUUUAUGCGGCAUGGUUUGAGUUAAAGGGUGCUGCGUACAAAUAAUUCAGGUGAAUGAUACAUGUAGAACGAAAAUGAAGGCUGUGCAUAAAUAAAAAACAAAAAAAACAACA